AAAUGGUGGAAUUGGAUCAAACAACUUCACAUGAAGCCCAAGAACAUCCAUUUCAAUCUCUCGUUCGGUUCCCACUUGCAUUUCCGACUUCUCUCUUCCAUUUCCAUCCGCUAGCGAGACUUGAACGCAGCUAUGGAGGUUGCCACCGCUUCAUCGAGCUUUGCACUGAACAGUAGACCCAUGUUAAAAUCGCUGAACUCUUCUCGAAUUGGAAAUCCUGUGCGAGCGGUGUGUUGCAACUCCUCUUCUGCCUCCGUAAGAACAUCUCUCUCCACCAACUUCAUUGCUCCUUUCGUUGGCAGCAGCGUCUCUACCCUGUCCUCUGGUCACUUGCUUCGACCUUCUUGUCUGAAUCCUGCAUCGUUUCGUCAUUCCAAGGGCAAAAGAGGGGUCUUCACCAUGGUUAUUCCUUUUUCAAGAGGAAGUGCAUGGGAGCAACCGCCACCAGACUUAGCUUCUUACCUAUACAAAAAUCGAAUUGUCUAUCUGGGCAUGUCUCUUGUUCCUUCUGUUACAGAGUUGAUACUAGCAGAAUUUCUAUACCUUCAAUAUGAAGAUGAUCAAAAGCCUAUUUACCUGUACAUAAACUCUACUGGAACAACCAAGGGUGGUGAGAAGUUGGGUUAUGAAACUGAAGCAUUUGCAAUUUAUGAUGUUAUGAGGUAUGUCAUGCCUCCAAUUUUUACUCUUUGUGUUGGUAAUGCUUGGGGAGAAGCUGCCUUACUUUUGGCUGCUGGUGCUAAGGGAAACCGUUCUGCUUUGCCAUCAUCAACAAUAAUGAUAAGACAGCCGAUUGCAAGGUUUCAAGGUCAAGCAACUGAUGUUGACCUUGCUAGAAAAGAAGUCAAGAAUGUCAAGACAGAAUUGGUUAAUUUAUAUGCAAAGCAUAUUGGAAAAUCAACUGAGCAGAUUGAAGCUGACAUUCAGCGUCCAAAGUAUUUUAGUCCUAGUGAAGCUGUUGAGUAUGGAAUCAUAGAUAAGGUGCUAUACAAUGAGAGGGGCACUGAGGACCGAGGAGUUGUUUCUGACCUUAAAAGGGCGCAGCUUAUUUGACUCUUGGAGAAUUUGAAUUUUUUCCUGGAGUUGUUAGGUGCAAGCGUUGGUGGAUUCUCAAAUAGGAGGGCAAUUGCUAGUUCUUUUCAUGACCAUACAAUUUAUGCAAUUAUUUCCCUCAACCAGCUAAGAAAGAAAGAUGUGAGGGAGGGGACACGUAGAAAAGGGCGUAGCUAAAGUCGCUGAUGGGUCUGUUUUGGUGUUCUGGCUUACACCUUGCACUUGCUAUCCAGAUGGUUCAGCUAUGGGCACUAGUUCAGACUAAGAAUGAUUGUAUUUUGUAGGUAGUCUUUGUUGUUGUGGCGCUGUUGGCUUGCUUUGGUUUUGCCUAACAACUUCACUGAUUGUUUCAAUAUUCAAACACGUGUUAAAGCAGAUGUGAGGACGUGAGACAUUACAAUUGUGAAGCUUGCACAUAUUCUGGCACUGUAA